CAACAAGAAAUGCCCGGAAAAUAAACGAGAGGAAAGAAAAUCAGAGUGCGAGAGGGGGCCACGCAACAAACCCAGCUACAGCAAAUCGAACGUUCAUCCUUCCUCUGUUCCUCUUUUCUUGCUUGUUCAUCGUUCAUAUCGUCUCUGCCCCUGCAAUUUCUUAAUUGUUUAUGUUCUCUUGAGCUCCCCGUACAGCAAGGAACAGGGAUAGAGAGAGCGCGAAAUCGGAAGUGUGUUAGAGAUGAUUACGCGAUCGAAUCUGGCAGAGCAGUUGAGAGAGUAUCAGAUUCGAUCCAAGCAUGACUGGGCCUCUGUUUCCUUCUUCUCUUCCACUUCUAAUCUAACUUCUUCAAGGGUUGAUGUUGUAGUAUUUGUAAUAUGGGAACUCCUUAUUUUAGCAUUCCUUGUCUUUUCAGCAGUUUCUCUAUAUUUUGGGAAUAUGCGACUUGCUUUUAUCUUAGUAUGCAUUACAUUGCUUUUGCUCCUUUGCAUGAGAAUUACAAAGCAAGUGAGAUUGGCCAGGAAAAAGAAACGAAGGAUGCUUCUACCUUUAUCCAUGUAAUUCUAUGUAGGCAUUGAUCCUUCUUCUGAAUGUGCACAACAAGGUUAUGUAAACUGUGAAAUUCUUGACCAUUGCUGUGGAGCCAUUCUUUCUUGCGUCUUGGAAUAUGUAAUCACACUUGCAACAAGUUUGUUCACUUUGAUAAAUGCUGAUUGAAGUGGAGAGUUCUAAACAUUCAAGAAGAAAGCUGAGAUGUUCUUCAAUGGAGGUUAGUGCACUAGAGUUUAAUGGGUGCAGUUGCUAAAGAUAUAGUUUCUUGGUACAUGCUUGUGCCAUGGGUUUUGGCUUCAACGAGCCGUGUGCCAAUUUGGGUACAAUAUAAAAGCAAGCUAUGAGAUGAUUUAUCCCCCAGUGUCAUGUGUAACAUCUUCAGUUUUUUGACAUGCGUAACUUAAGAAAAGCUGGCUGUGAUUUUCUGAAAUGGUAUAGCAUUGGUGUAUAUGCAAGGUAAAUUUGUUACACACAACACUCGAAUUUAUUCUGUGGGAAAAGUAUGGCUGGCUUCCUGCCUACAUCUAUGCAUGUGAUUUGUUCGGAAGAACAAGACAACUGUUUGAUAAUUUUAUGUACGAGGUGAUAAAUUUUAUUUUA